AUGCUAUUUUUAAUUAAGAACCUUAUUGGAUGCACACUUCUCCUGAUAGUGCUCAAUACACAUCUGCAUGGGAUAUCGUACAAAUGGCAGAAUGGGAUAAAGGGGGGUAGAGUCCUCAACGGAAUAAAGACACACGGUUGUGUCCAUCCGAACAGAAAUAAUUGGUCAUACAGCAGGAACAAAUAUUAUAAGCCAAAAAGUUACCUGUACAUUCAGAAUAAUAAAAGAAGGAAAGGCCAAUCAUACAAGCUCAACAGGUAUAAGGUCUGCUCGAUUUUUUCAAUCUUUGAUAAGAGCAAUGCGGGGAAAAAGAACAAGGGGGGGGAGCCAACAAGUGCACAAGUGCCACAUAGAGGGGUGGCACCCGCUGGAGGAAUGACACCAGAGGGGAAGGUAUCAACCGGAAAAGCAACACCGGGGAAGGUGCCCCCGCUGAACAUUCCCGACGGAUCCGAAUCGGAGGGAUCCAUCGAGCUUAGCAAUCUGGAGAGCAACCCCAAAGAGGCGCUCAAAAACGUGAUUGAAUACAAAAAGCAUUUAGAAAACUUCAAAGGUAAAGUCAUUUUAUCGCUUCAAACCAUCUUCUGUUCAUAUACAAAGGGCAUAGAUCAGAAGGAAAACUUGAAAAAUUUUGUCCUUCACAUAUUAAGCGACUUUGAGAACAAGUACGAAAAACACACACACCUAGCGGAUGUGCAAAAUAUGCGCAACGAAAAAGUGAAAGAACAAUAUCUUCAGCACAAUUACAAUUGCUUCCUCGAUAUCGUUAAAAAUAUUGAGGAGAAUUUGUACAAUCUUUUAUUGUAUAAAAUUCAAUCCAUUAAAUUGAAGGCAUUGGACGACAUUAAAGAAACGGUCCUCUCGCACAGGGAAAGCAACGCAGAUUACGUUUCCUUCGUUAAUCAUGUUAAACAAACAUUCGAAGCGUAUGAAAAGAAGCUACAAAAUUUAUUUCCCUCAAGUUUUAAAUUUUCCUUGUAUAAUAAAAUGAGCAAAGACAGUGGUUUUGAAGAAGAGCACGCCUCCAGCCUCCCCAAUUUUGUGUACAAUUUUCCGAUGGAAAAAUAUGAACAGUUAAUACAAAAAAAUAUAAAUUAUGUAAAAAAAUUAUCACAGGAUUUGACAAAAAAAAAAAAAAAAAAACUCAUUAAAGAGAUUGAGCGAAGUAAAAAUUAUCAAAAUGUUUUACACAUGAUAGACAAUCAACAAAAGCAAAUUGAAAUUUUACAAGAACAGCUCGAGGCAAACGUGGAAGGUGGUUUGCCCGGGAAGUACUCCCCCUUUCACUGCGCAGUUGCCUACAGGAUCCCGGACACGAACUUGAACGUUUCAACUCAGUACGUUAAGGGGAAAUUUAAUGUCAAAGUGAAUUGUAUUCCGGAUGACUCUUUGCAUUUGUUGGGGUCAUAUGGAUUUGUGAAAGCCCUUCCGUUUGGUAACUUGGGGCUGUCCUUCUCGAUGAACUUUUGA